AUGUCAAAAAUAUACCAUUUCUUUAAACACAUAUCGAAGCCUAUCUUAGAUGAGAAUAUAUUUUGCAAAACAUGGGACUUUCUAAACUACUGGAUUUUUUACAAUGUUUGGAUAGUAACCCUGAUUAUAAUUUUUCUGGGAGUUACUUUUGAGAUAGUCCUCAUAAAAACUUUUGAAUUUUUUAAGAAGAAACUUGAGCUAUGGGAAAAUGGUAGUUCAUGUUCUCAGAAGCAGAAUGAAGAUAUUUUCCACAAAGGAAUGACAUAUGCUACGGAGAGCUGGUCGAUUUCCCACACAACUUCCAUGGAAAGAGUUGAAACCUUUUCAAGAAGCAUGCCAAGCAAUCCUCCAUCUGAGAAGAUUAGAUAUACCACCAUAGAAAGGACGAUUUCAUCUAAUGAAUGUGAACAUCAAAGAAGCCAUUUUUGUGAAAGUCACGCAUCUUCAGGUGGGACCAAUACACCUUUGUCAAUGUUUCACUCAAAAGUUAAGGACAUUUUCAUGAAUUCCUUUCCCAGAAAAGAUCCACCAAGUGAAUAUCAAACAGUAUCCUCUGAUAAUUUAUAUUCAACAAUGAAAACCAGCGGCACAAAAACUUCCCUUCCUGAUGCUCUUAAUUUGCAACGUGCUUUGAAAUUUACAAGAGCUAAGGCUCUCCACGUGGCACCAUCCCCUCCUGUUCAUUUCUUUCUUUCUAGUGAGCAAAUUAGACGCGUGGAAAAAAAUAUAAGAAGGAAAAUCUCUGUGAACGCCAAAGCUAGAUCAUGGAGGGAAGCUGAAUGUCUGCACCCCAGAGCUCAGGAGCCUUCAGUUCAUUCUCAUUAUUCACAUAAUGAAGGGGUUAUUCCCGGUGAAGCACGAACUACUUUCCCAGACCAAAGUGCUAUGCGGAAUCAAUUGAUUCAUGAAGCACAGUGUACUAGCCAAACCCAACAAUUCAUUCAUGACCAGGAUUCAGACAGCAGCCAGAGUGGUUUCUCUGAGCCUGAAUACUUUCCGACACCGCCGUUUUCUAGCAGUGCACAAAACUCUGUCCAGGCUCAACAAAUAGACCGUGAAAAUAAGGGCCAACAUUUCAAUCACACCCUAUGUAUUGUUGAAACAGAAUAUUCAACCAAGGGCAUAGAGUCUGCUGAACAUUUCAGCAAGACUCAAAAUUUUGUUCAUUUUAAUGACCAAAACAAGAGGAACCAUUUAGGUAAAGGGCAAAAUAGUGUUUUCCAGAAUGCUGAAUAUUUGUCUUUAAAUUCAAAUUUAUUGGCUGAAGCUGUGGCACAACACAAGACAGCACCAGGCCAACAACCACUGGCUUCACUGGAAUCAAACCAGUAUGAUGCAUACGGUUCAGUGCCUCUCUCACCUACCAUCAAAAGGCAGAGAAACGGGAGAAAGACACCAGGCAACGAAAGAAAACUCAGUCUUAGAGCUCUGCCUCCCAAAGCAAAGCAAACUUCCCCUUCACGGUUGUUUCCAAUCGUAGCGUGUCGUACUUCAGAAAACAAGACAGCGUUGAGAUGCGAGAAGAAGAAAAGAACACAUCAGAGGAAAACAAUGUCAGCUAUAGCUUCCCAUCUCAUUUCUGUCUCGAAGCUUAUCACUCCGCAUGAUAAAAAGUAUUUCUCAAAAUGUCUGGUGGCCGUUAUUCCAGACCUCAUAAAAUGUGAACAUUUUCUGAAGAAGUCACUAGAUACAGAAAAAGUCAAUUAUACAAAUUCUAAUGAUACAGUAAGGUUGGGCACUACUGAAAACACAGAACACUCUUUCAUGGUCAACACUCCUGAACUGGCAACUCCUUGUUUAUUUGACCUGAACAUUCCAAAGCAUGAGGGGCUUUCAGGAGUGCUAUCAGAAUCUGCACAGAAAGAUGCUUUAUUUCGCCAAAUAGAAUCAAACAGAGAAAUGAAAGUACAGAAGGACAUCGAAAAUACAGAGAAUGGAGAGAAAUCAGCAGUCGGUACACCAGACAUACAAAAGUACUUUUCAAAUGAUAGUGUACAGAAUGCCAAAUAUUCAGGGGAAAUCAUUCUGAACUUUCCAGGUAUCAGUUUACUUAUUUCACUGGGAUCCCAAAAGCAUGAGGAAAAUGAAUUCAAAGAUAUAAAUGUCCAAGUGAUGACGGGAAGCAGAAAUCUGAAGGAAGAGAAACCAUUGACGGCUAAUAUUAUAGACUAUGGUAACCCAAGUGAGAGCGAGAAGCCGGAAUGUGACACCAGAAGCAAUAAAACAAAUAGACAUCAGGAUGAAGGGAUGUCAGAUACCUAUCAUAAUACCAGGCAGACUACCAUUUCUCAACCCUUUGAUAUGGAAAUGUGUAACAAAUUAAAAACCAACGCAGGCACAGUGACAAUUAAUUGUCAUACUGCACUAAAGCAAGAGGAACUACUAGAUGGAAGGAAAAUACAGGAAGUAAAGCAUAUUGAUAAGCACUCCAGACUUAGAAAACCCCAAGAGUGGGGCAGUGAGGAAGAGGAAAAGAGAGAAACAGUUGGACCACUGGCAGAAGCCUUCAGAGUCAGCAUCUGUCUGAAGCAAAAGGACGAAUGUGCCCAGUUGGAAAUGGGACCAAUCCAAUCAGGAAAAAGAAGAAUGCAAAGUCCAAAGAAAGAAGUGCGGUCACAGACGGUUUCUACAGAGUGGGAGACUGGCCCAUGUCCCUUGACAAAUCCACUACAAGUUGAGCAAGUGAAGCAAAGGACAGACAAACCUCCAGACAGAGACAAGGCUGCAAGUCCCGGGCACCCCGCUUUAAUGCCAGAAAACUCACCUGCUGCUGAGUGUUUAAUUGAAACUACCAGACACAAGAUCCCAUUCUGCGGAAAGCCCACACAAACACCAGAUGGUCGUAUUACAGAAGACGGAGAAAACUUGAAAAAGGACUUACGUGCAGUUGCCAUAGGACCGUUCAAAGUCCGAAAAAAAUCAUCAGGGCCGAAAAAUGGACUCGGUGUCAAGCACAGAAUUAUUAAAGUGAAAAAACCUGCAUUUUCCUCGAGGCAUUCUCUCACUGCACGUGACACUCUGAACCGUAAGAGAAAAGUGGGAGACAGCUUUGAAAGACUCAUUAAACAAACACUACGUGAUGUAACACUGGCACCUGUGCCUCUGAAUGUUCACCCUCCGGGGUCUAGUAUUCACAGUAAUGAAACAAGUAUCAAGAUAACACCCCCAAAAACACAAGUUGAAAAGAAAGAAAAGAAUCUGGAUUCCCUUCAUAAAGAAAGCAAAACUGUAGACACUCUCGAAGUUCAGUUGUGUCAUGGUGUGAAAUUGGUGGAGCAAGUACUGCCGGAGGCAGUGGCUCACGUUAAGAGGAACCACAGAUGUGAUGCGCAUCCAGUGAAGGAGAUUAAGAUGGAGACGGAAUUGUUUCAAGGAGCGUCUUCCACUGAAGCAAUUAGGGAAUCGGGUGACUCACUGAGAAUGGGCUCUGCAAAUACAAACACUGGCACAUCUAUACAGGCCGAGCUCCAGUAUAGUGCAGAAUUAGAGUGGGGUCCUCCAACAUCGGGAGAAUUACUGAUGGGAGACCCUCUGAUCCAAUCAAGAGAGAGGAAUAUUCCAAGUAGGAAGAAUGAUACAAGGGAAAUCAGUUGUGGUUUUACCCAAAAAGCUUUCUCAUGCUCUUUAAAUUACCGCAUGUCUGUGUUGACUCAUUCUAACAAGAAGAAAAACCCAACAAGAUUCACAAAUAAGAGCGCCGUGAGGCUCACGUAUAUGAAUAAGGUGAAACCACCAGCCUCCAAAACACUCAGUACCACAGGCAAUAAAAAGAAUCUAAAAUUGGACCUUAAGACCAAAUUAAAAAGGAUAAACCACGCUAAAUCAGUUUUACUUGAAAGCCAAAACACUCUUUGCUUAUUCAUCGAUAGAAGAUUGCGAGGAGGGUUCUAUCAUGCGCAGCUAAAGCAAGGAGAACUAGCAAGCAAAAUAGGUGUUGAUAGUGUUGCUGAGAGUAGAACAUUCGACAACAGAGAGAAAAAACGUCAAGAGAAACAAGAACCUUUUGUACAGGCAGCUCCGCAGCAUGACCAACACCGGUGGGCUGCUGCCGAUCAAAGGAAGGACACUCUUCCAGAUGAGCCAUCGUCGAUCUCUUUAAGUCAAGAGCAACCUGCUAACCGUCAGGGUGUAAAGAGCCAAAAAGAUUCCCUGCAGAGUGCUUCGGAGGACAGCCUACAGAUGACUCCCAUCCAAGCUGAAGGAUUUCAGCAAACUACCAGAAGAGAAUAUGGUGGAAACUUCCCUGUGGUUCCUAAAACUUUAUCUCCUGAGGCAGGGAAUUCUUCAUCUGGUGAACUGACAGACAUUGCAGACGAUGAUUUAGAAUCUGAUGAAAAGUCUGAACAUGAACUAGAUUUGUAUCCUGUGGGGAAAGAGGCAGAGUCAUCCAGAAGUCUGCAGGUGACGUUCCUACAGUCUUCUGAUUCUGAUACUAGAUCCUUUGCUUCUAGACGGAAAGAGAAGAAACACGCACUAAGAAGAUCAAGGAAGCAGACAACAGUGAGUCGUAAAUACAGAAAUAGGGAAAUAAAGACCUCAGAUUCACAGACAGUUAACUUCAGAUACAGCAACAAACUAAACCACAUGGGGUUGAACGAUCCACAGCAGAAGGGUAGCAUAGCAGGUGUUUGCUUGGAAAUCAUUCACUCUAAGGUAUACAUUUUGUUCAACCAAAAAAGGAGAAAGUCAAAAUCACGAGCAGGUAAACAGAAAAUAAGAAGACUUGGUUGUAUGCAGCAAACAAGAGAGAAAUCCCCAGAUGGAGGAAACGCACAGUUUCUGGCUUCUGCUGAUUUAAGCAAUUUCCCUAGCAUGAAGAGCGAUGAAGAGAAAGGGGAAGAGGAACCAGAACGUUUCCUGGUCACACAGAAGAGCCUUCCCCUUAUACUUGAUGUGCAUCAAGAAAAAGACCAUGACCUUGUUAAGUCAGAUACCCAACUGAACCAAGUAAGAAGAACAAUUACUCAGGUACAACCACAGACACCUACAGAAGUUACUUCCUGUUCUACCCUAUGCCCCAUCCCAGCUGAAUUUAAAUUAGGGAAACUAGAGGACAGUGCAUUAUCUGAAAGAGACAGGGAUCUGUCUGGUGACAGACGACACAAGGGACAUGCUGCUGACGGCGAGAAGGAGGCACAGGAGCCACCUGCCUCACACACGAAUCCAAAGCAGAGUGGGGAAAAGAAAUGUGACACCGCCAAAAUGAACGGCAGGCAUCGAGAGAAAACACUUGCAGCCGAAACAUCCUCCUUGACAAAUGUCGCACUGGAUAUUAAUACGAGCAGCAAGAUAGGCUCAGAAAAAGGCACACCAAAUGAAAAGACACCCUGUUCGAUACAAUGGAAUCUAGAGAUACUGCUUCAAAAAAGAAAGGUUCCUUUAGAUGACAUCAAAAAAAUUGAUCUUCAAGAUGAAGAAGAAAAGGAAAAUGAUGAUGACGCAUUAUUAAAGCCAUUCUCACAGUAUAGUCGACAUUUUGUAUUGUGUCCACAUCAAAGCAGGGAUCCUAACUCUCAGAAAUUAAGAGAACAAAGAGAGAGGAACAUUCUGUUCGUUGUAGAACAGGACAUUCCGCAGCAAAGUCAGCCAGCAGAUCUAACACGAAGAGAGUGUGCUGUGUGUACAUCAAGUCCAAAGGUUCCUCCCAUACAACCAGAGGAAUCACGAAUAGAUGAAGUUAGCCCCGAUAGAGCAAAAUAUGACAUCCCUGUUAAUGGAACUCAUGCUCAGAAACGGUACAGUUGGGAAAGAUUGGAAAGAGAAGGGCUUAAAAAUGAUCUACAAGCAACCAUCACAGAGUCUUCGAAUCUCUUAGCCCCUGAGGUACUAAGAUCCAAAAGGAAAAGCAAGGUAUCUCCACGCAAAGCCUUACAAGGUAAAAUGUGUUCAACUGGUGUAAGUAUGAAAAGAAGGAAAGCAUUUGUCUCAAAGACAUUGACUAUUCCACAGUGUGGUCAUAGAAACAGUCUUCUUCCAAAAACCUGGAAAUCAUCGAUUUCUGAAUUACUAAUACAGUCUGCUCUCUUGCCUGAUACUCUUAAUAUAAUAAUAUCGAAAAAUCCAACAUCAGAGAAAAAUAAAAGAUCAUUAGCUCAGGAACUGGCAGUAACAAUGCCAGGGUCUUUGAGCUUUUCCAUACCUAUAUCAAAAGAGAGAGAGAAUUUAGAAACCUUGGACAAGGGAAAUGAAAUGAUUAACAGCUCUCUAACUGUGAGUACCCCACAAAGCAACACGGUGAGUGUAAUGCCUCCACUUCUAAAUACAGAGGGAUCUGAGAUUGGCUCCAUACCCUGUGAUGCCACCUGUGACGAAGGGCCCAGGAGAAAAUGGGACUACGCUAUUUCUGAACAAAAAGCAUGGGCUGAAAAGGACUUAACAUCUUUGGAACCUUUACAGGAGCCCAGCCCUGUGUCAUCUGAAUCCAAAUGCGAGGACAGCACAUUAGAGUUUUCAGGCAAAAAAUAUAUAAGUCCCAAGGCAAGGCAAGCUUCAAGGCUGCUUCAUAUUGCAAGGCAUCAUAUGAGAGUCCAUAGAAAGAAUAGGCACCAUAAGGGGAAACACCAAUUGAAAAGGGAUAAAUGUAUGGAGGAGGCACUGCUUUAUGCUGUUGAAGAUGCGGAGAGUUGUCCACUCAAACUCCCAACUGAUGAACUUUCACUUGAUACAGCAGCAAGAGCUGCUUUUUCUAGUAGAAUACCUCAAAGAUCUAACGCAGAGGAAAAGGCAGAGUUACAAGCAAGCUUAUCCACAACUUUCUUGAGACCUUUCAAGUUUUUCAUACCUGUUUUAUCCGACUGUAAAAGCCAGGUGGACACAGGAAAAUUAUCAGAAAAUAAUAUUACGUUGAAUAGGAGAUUUUCAGCCACGAAGAAAAAGAAGAUAUCAGUUUCGAAGAUAAUUAAAAAAGAUGGACACUUUAUCACAAACCAUAAGAAAGUUAAAUUAAGAGCAAAAAUGAAAGCAAUAUGGCUUAGUGAAAAUACAACUGGUGUAUUUCAAAACACCAUCCACUUUCUAUUAACUAACUCUAAUGUGGAAAAUCCAUUCAAAACAGAGAUAGGUUCGGGAGUAUCAAAGUCUACCCAUACACGGCCAACACAUGGGGCAUCACCAGUUGAAGGCAUAGCAGAGUGUGAUGAUUCUGUUGACAAAGUUGAUUCCAACUUUUUAAAGGAAGCUAAAGUGCAUGUUGGGCAACGCUGGGGAGAGAAGCAAAAUGUGCUAACAGAACCUGCUCCAUUUUAUACGAAAAACUUAACAGCAAGUGCCCAUCUCACGAAGAAACCCAGUCUUGAGGAGUCAAAGGGAAUACUUUUCAGAGAAUAUUUGCCACAAACAAGUCAAACUUAUGAGGCCAAUUCAGAAAUUAAUGUAAAAAUAGAGAUCAAUAGCAUGCAAGUAAGCUUCAAAGAAGCACUCUCAUAUACGGAGAAACCUCACAAUUGUUCAAAAGUCAGUGAAUCAGCCAGUACCACUACCAAACAUGGAGUAAGGAACACUCACCAGUCUUCUUUAAAAGAAAAGUCUUCAUUUUAUUUGACAGGAAUUGUCACUUCUAUUGCCAGGCAUUUAAUUGCUUCCAAAGAAUUUAAAAGGCAUAUGGGUAGCAUCAGAGCACCCCACCUGGCAAUGUAUAAAGGUAUACCUUCACAGAUGAAGUCAAUGGAGUCACAGUCACCUCCUGGACACCACGUUGCUGUAAACAUAAAGAAGACACAGGAUUCUAGAACCUUAGAGAUAAAAGUAGAUGAUGGUGAGGUAAAUACAGAUAUGAAAUCCACCUACAUGUGUAUGCCAAUUCAACAAGUAAAUAUGGAGUCAUCACAGAACGUAUGGGAUACGUAUGAGAAAUCUUCAGAAGGAAACGGCCUGGACAAAGCACAGACAAAGAGGAAACAAGAGUUUGCACAGCUACCAUUUGGAGCAGAUCAAAAGAGACAACCUGGUCCUUUCAAGUCAGACGUGCGUUCUGCUAACACAGCGCACUGCAAGGAUACGCUUCAGAAAACAGCUAUUUAUUUAAUAGAUCAAGAAGGAAAUGCAAAAGUCGGAGAAGAGCUUAACCAAGAGGUUGUUCUUUCCUCUAAUACACACACUCUUCACAUUGAAAAGCAGAACAGUGAGUUUAAAACAGAUAGGAAAACAAAGUCCAAGUCUUUUGCCCUGCCAAGAAAACAGGAAAAGCUUAAUGUCUUAGGACCUACGUGCAGUGCUUAUGCCAGGGAUACUACCUAUCCUGAAACUAUAAGACAGAAAGGUAAGGCAAAAAUAUCAAAAGUGAAAAUUACUGUGUUUGCCAAACAAACAAAGCUGAAGGCAAAGAAAAUAUCGGUUCGUCUACUUCUUAGACAUGGGGACCGUGGCAAUAAAAAAGAACUGGGGCGUAGCAUGCAGCGCCAGCACCGGAAUGCAUUUGAACUGAGGAGAAAUGUACAAAACCUGGUUCUAAAAGCUAGUUUGAGCUUGGGAUGCUUUGUAUCCCCAGUUACAAAGCUUACCAGUGUAAAACUGGAGAAAGGCAAGUUGGGAGGAAGAAAAAACAUUCUUCCACAGAAAAUUGUGGAGAAACCAUCCAACCAAAGGCAAAAGUCAGGGUCAGGAUGUGUCGAAGUACCUAGGAAACUAGAAGAUAUGAAAGACGUGCAUGAGGACCACACUUUCAAGGACAUUCACCGGCAAUUUACGCAACAAUUUUGGGUUAAGUCAGAAGAAACUAAAGAGCAUCACUCUUGCAAAUUAGACAAUUUACAAAGAAAGACAAACUCUGAGUUAACUUUCCAGAGAGAUGAAACUGAUAACAUUGAGCUAGCUGCCUCCAGAAGCAGAGGAGGAACAAAAGUCUACACUGGCCCACAAGACAGUCUACAACAGGACUAUCCACUGAAGCAAGGGGUGAUUCUUCAGACGAUGAAGGAAUUUUCUCGUUUUGGAAUGACAAACAAGUUCAUAAAAAAACAAGACAUCAAAACAUCAAGUCCACAGAUGAUAGGAGAAAUGGAAGUAAUGCAAAACCCACUAGAUCCAAACGAAUCAUUGCUUAUUCCGAGACUUAUGGUACAGCAACAAAAUAUGUUUACAGACCCUCUUCCGCGAUCCAUUCCCGCCCAGGUACCAUGCCAACCUCAUACUGAAGAGCCAAAGGAAAACAUGAAAAUAAGCGACAAACUACUAAAGAAUUCGACUCCGCAGCUGAAGAAAGUCUCAAAUGCAGAAUGUAUUUCCGAUAUGGAUCACGUUUCAAGAAGUAUUGAAAAACUACUCUUGCUUAUUAAACAACAGGGAAAGAGGAGAAAAAGAAGUAGAGGGGGUAACAAUUUUGAAAUGGCAAAAGACAUAAAAGCAACAAUGAUGAAUCCCACUCCAUUUCCAAAUAAUUCACCACCCAGAACACAGUUUAUCAACACAAUGAACAGUGGUAUGUUCGGGCAAAGAGAUGGGACAGAACCAAGCAGGGGUGUGGCCACAUUGUGGACUCAGCAAAGGUUGUGUGUACAAGGGACAAGCCUAGACUACACGCAGAAGCUGAUGUCUAAAGUUAUAUGUCAUAAGAAAAAAAGCGAAGCUUUCAUGGAAGGCGUCCUGUGUCACAAAACGAUCAAAAUGAAGUUGAGGAAGACAACCUAUAGAAAGUUCCUUGGCGUUACCAGAUAUGGAGCCCACAGCGACAGAAAGGAGCGUAGACACAACAUUAAGACAGAGAAGGAGCUCCCCCAGGAGAAAACUGUGGCAGACUUACCGUGGAAGGAUUUUUGUGCUUCUGGCUACACUGUGUGUCAAAUUAAAAAGCUUAGAGAAGUAAAAGAGGGGAAAGGCAAACCCCGAAGGCCACUGAACGGAACUAAUAUGUUAUCUAUGCAGCCCACUGAUAACAAUUCAACAUCGAGCACCAUCAGAAAAUCAGUAGCGUAUACUAUGAAGCAAAAAGAACACCAAGUGCUUUUACUAGAUAUUACCCCACGGAAUAAAGAUCAGUUAAUGCCUGGCCAACAAAUGGAGAAGCCUAGAUAUAUCAACUGGAGUGUCCAUUUAGAAAAAGAAGCAUACCGUGUCGUGUUUCCAGAGACGGAAGAAACUGAUUCCAGUAGGCUUGUGGCUCAAAGACCCAGAGCAGAUACAGAAUGUGAAUUCUCGACUGCACAAAGAGUAGAGCAAGGAGUUAGGAAAGACUCCAUCCAACACGCACUUUCAGUUCCACCCAGAAGAGGAGGACCCGAGAAGAUGAACAUUUCAAGUUCCAAAGAACAUGAUGUAUUUCUCGUGGAACUGGAUGCUUUCCAGAAAGAGACAUGCAAGCUGCAAGAAUUGUUUAAACAAGGAGAGUCUUGGCCAGCAGGCUUGGAGAAUGUCCCCUGCCCCUUUAGGGAGCCCUUUCACUUGGAAAGCACAAAGGUAGCUAAGGAAGUGGGUACGGAUCAUAACAUUAACAAUAUUUCCCAUCUAUUUGGAUUAAGAGGAACUGACCCAGAACUAGGUUCCAAAGCACAGGCGUUUCUCUGCACAGAUCUAGAGAAUCUAUACCAAACAGGUACAGUUCUGAGAGGCCAUGCAAAGUCAGGUCACAGGCCUCGAAUCUUUCUGAAUUCUGUACCUUGCCACAAGAGGGCUCCUCGUCAUUCAAAACCAAGCUCUAGUACAACAAGGAAGGACAGUGGUGCCAGUGCCAUAGGUGCCAAAAUGAAUCUCAAGGGCAAAGGAAAAGCCGAACCAACUGCCAGUCCGCUAAAAUUAAACAGACAGAAAGUGGAGAUUUCAAAAAAAAUCAGGGCAAAACAACUGACUAUUUUUGCCCAGAACAAAGAACAAAUUAUGGAAUUUUUUUUAUCUUGCGUAUUAUACAAACUUCAGAUUGAAAACGCACAGAAAGAAAUCUCAGCAGAAGCAGCACUAGAUUCAAAGAUUUUUAACCCGGUGCUAGGAAAAGCAGCAAGUGAAGGUAAGAUUCUAGGAGGUCACUUUCCAAGUUCAGAAGGAGUUAACCUGCGUGCUAAGGGUGGAGCUGAGCAUCCAGAGGAUGCGUGCGAGCCUAUUCCAGCAUCUGGCACUCACAGCUUGAGGGAUACACAUCAAAUUACAUCACCACAGGUAGAGAAAGAAUUAAAAACAGUAGACAGUCUGGACUAUCACGCUUUAAAUACAGAAAAGGAAGAACAUAACAACAGGACAAAGGAACAAAACCGUUACCACCUGUCAUUUUCCCUCAAGAGUUUGGAUGAACAUCUAUCAUGUUCCCAAAAUGAUUCCUAUGUCCAGCCACAUUCAGAACCUCACACAAAGGAAGCAUUGUUAAAAGUAGGCAAUGUGUCAAGCAAGGUAAAGGGACCAGAUUUGUCAUCUAAAGCUCAACUAAGUACCGGGUGUAAAUGUCAACCAGCGUGGAUUUUGCCCUCAGUUAUUCUAGAGCAAACAAAAGAACAAGAUCCAGAGCUGCCUUUGGAGUCAGGCAGUAAAACUAUAAACUGUCCAAGCCUUUUGCCAUCAAAAAAAUUAUCUGCUGGGAUACAGAUAAGUAAGUUAGUGUCAAAUGAUAGCUCAUCCAUGCCAACAGUCAGCGAAAUGGAACUGUUACUUAGAGCAAGUCCAAAGAAGCAAGAGAUGUGUCUGUCUAAGAUGUUCUUACACUGCUUUUCACUAUGCUUGAAGUUUUUGCAUGAAAAACAGAAGGGUAACAUAGAAUACAGAGUUAUGAAUGACACAAUACACCCUGAAAGAAAAACCCUAAACUCGAAGAAAUUAGUACGUCCCAAUGAUUAUACCCCAAGCAAUAACUCAGAGCUACAUUGUUACAAGAAAGAGAAAAUGAUAUGGAUAAAACAUAGAAAGGAUAAACCAGGUUCAGUUGUAAUAAAAGCACGUGAUUCCAUCCCUUUACCUCACUUAAAAUUGAAUAAAGAGGAAAGUGAUGUGCUUAUCUCAAGUGAUAUAAGACAAGAAAAACAUAACUCACAGGAAGAGAAGAAUGGCAUAAAAGGAAGGGACAUGAAGAGAAUAAUGGUCUCUAACAUUACCUUCAAGACAGAGGAAUUAUCACUGUCUUAUCCUUUCAGUGGAAAGAAGUUAACUUUGCUGUUUGACAGUAUAGAACGACAGGGGAAGGUACGACAAGGGUUGAGUAAAUCAGACACAAAACUGAAGAACUCUUGUAUUUCAUUACCACCUCUGUUGCAUCGUAAUUUGAAUUCAAGAAUAAAAGUCGAAAAACAUAAGUCAGAACAACUAGAGUGCUGCCUCCCACCUCUAAAGCCCUUGCUGUCACUGAACUGCACAAAAGUGCCAUUUUCAAAGGCAUUUAGUAGAGAUAAGUUAUGCAAGUUAACAGAAUUAAAGUAUGCUCCACAGAGGAAAGAAUAUAGAAAUAAUAUUGUACAUUUGAAAGAUAGACUAAGCCUCAUAGGUAUUGCUCAAAAGGGAAAGACAUCACCUUUUAAAUACUUACCACAUGGAAAGGCAAAAUGGUGGAACAAUAAAGAACCAACACAGGAAGAAGAAGAAAAUACAGUCAGAAAAGAUGUGAGAGACAAAAAGAUCCCCAAAUUAGUGGAUCAAAACGUAAAGAAAUUAGCACGAUCACAUGCACUCAGUAUCAAGGAGUUGCAGAGAGAAACCCAGGAAGAAAAACUUGUCGAUCAGAUAAACACAGCUGUAGCAUUUUCUGUCUCACACUUGCAACUCAAUAAAUUUUCAGAUACACAGAUAGUUGAUAGAGAAGUUUACAAUGAGAUAAACUCAUUGAAGGAACAUGCGGCACAGGAAGAAAAGGUUGGGACUGUAAACAGCAUAGUGCGUGCCGAGGAAAUAUAUUCAAAGGCGAAGAAAUCACCUACUUUACCUAUGCAGAAUUUGAGUGACCUUCAGGGGAAAACUAGGGAGCAAGGGGGAGAGGCGAAAGAAGAUGGAAGUAAGCCAGGUGUAACAUUAACUCAGAAGUCGUCUAAGACUUCUGUUGCUACGUCUCCCCAACCUACCCUUACUGUGAGUGCCAGAAUCAAGAAAGAUUGUACAACAGUGUUAACAAGAUCCUCUGUCUCUUUGGGAUACGUCCAGAACCCAUUUGGUUCGGAAAGAGGCACUUACAAACAGCAAAUUGCUGGAGAUACUUCAAUUGGUCUACAAAAUGAAAAACAGCCCACGUCAGAGGAAAAGGCAGAAGCCGGAAUGCAAACAGCAAAGAUCGUAACAACUCACACGUAUCAAGAAACAAUGGUGCAGGAACUGAAAGACGAGCACGUCUUAGAUCUGACUAAAUCCUCUCCUUUGUUGCCAGAUCAGUCUCAUCCCAAACUGUCUGAGAAAUUAGAAUUCAGUGACACAAAACUAAGACUUAGAAAUUCGGCUCUGCAGAGGUCCUCAACUAAAGGAGAAACAGUACCUAGAGAGGCCAUUGUUGUUGACACCAUGAAAGAUGUAAAAAAACAGCAUUUAUCUCAGAGAGAACAGACGUAUCAAAAAGAAAUAAUAGACAGGCGAGGAGUCAAGGUAACUUUGAAAUUACACAAAUUACUUCUGUCUCAGAAGCUCUUCAGAACAGAACUCCAUAUACAUAUCAAUGUGCCAAAACCAAAAGAACAAGACAGUAAAAGUGAACCCCGAGUUUUAAGAAAAAUGCAGACUUCUCAACCUUCUCCAACCAAUAUUCCCUUAUGUAAAGGUGUGCAAGUGGGUGAAGAAAGGCUAAGAAGUACACUAUCUUCCCCAGAUGCAGAGAAAAUAGUUGACAAAGAAGCCGUGUGUAGUCCUGUCAGAAAAGGAAAACAAUAUAAAAAACAGAUAAAAAUCACAGUAGGCUUCACAGCUGGGGUGCAUUGCAAAAGGACAAAGGUCUCACCAAUUCCACAUCUCCUCAACACCAUGGAAGUUGUCCUGAAUAUGAAGUUUCUGGAGAAAAAAGUACACAACGGUAAAAGUGAACUGGUUGUGGUUGCAACACGAUCUUUCCUGUCCUUGCCAUCACACCCUUCUGAGUAUUCACAGGACAAAACACAGAGAGGUACAGCCAGUGGUACAGGACACUCUUACCCACAGGGAAAUUUCCAAGAAGCAGCAGAUGCCCAGGAACCAGCAACCAAAGAGUCAGCUGUGGUUGAGAGUGACUGUAUUGUUAAGACAACAGAAUAUAAUGUGCUACAGAAGUCAAAGUCCUUGACCAGGGUCCAUCAAACAAGUGAUCAUCCACAAGUUGAAAUGGAAUAUGAAUCAGACCCCCAAGAUCAUAAAAUUUAUCUCACGAGAUUAGGUACCAUUAAAAAGGAAAAAAUGCUGCACAUGUCCUUCGAAGGGCAAAACGGUCAGCCAGAAAAAUGUGAAAAGGAAACUCCAACUAAAAUUGGGCAUUGGGAAAAGGAAAAUGAAUUCAAAGGUAAUUUAAGUAACAAAACAAGUCCUAAGUUUUCAGUUUAUCCAACUGAAAUAUCACUCAAGGAAGCCCUGGUCACAACUGAUACCCUCGUGUGCUCAAAACGAUCGGUGGCAGAGAGAAAACAGGAAACUGGUUCAGGUAGCUUCAUGACAUCAGAGAAAGACAGACAGAGUAAUGCUUCACUAAGCAAAAUGUUAACUCCAGCAAAGAUGUCUCAAAAUAAGGAAGAACAAAAUGUUAACAUGGAAGAACAAGCCAUGCCUCAGUCCACGUGUGGACAGAUGAUAAAGUCAAAGUCCUCCCCUCCUAAUGGUCCAGUUCACAGCAAAAAUCGGAGGAUACCUUUACAAACAGAUGUGGACAAGAAAACCUCAGUGAGUAUCCACCCGCAAACGCAGUUAGGGGUACACAUGAGUACUACAGAGUUUAAUGCCACAAGAAGGACAGAAGAUUCACCCUCAAGUGUUCCGGAAGAACAACACUGUGAUGGAGCAUUGCCUCCGAAGUCCCAUGAGUCUCCGCUGAAAUCUGAACACCUGGAAGAAACAAACACAGCCUCCGAUGAAAAUCUGAAGCAGACAAAACCAGAAAUGGACAGCAACUAUUCUGCAAGUCAGAAAGAAGGGGCGUUAAAAGCGGGUGGGAGCCAAGGGGUAGCCCUAGAAGAGGACAGAAGAGAAAUGCAGCAGAGCUGUGUGGUCCAGCUGGAGAAUAAAGCCAGGGAGCGCACCAGCAGCCCUACAAGCCUUGUUUUUCCUCCAGCAACAGAGGAACCUGAGAUGGAGACUCAGGUAGGCACUUGCAGAGAGAAUGGCUACCCACCCCAAGAAAAGCUUAAAAGGGAAUUAGAGCUAUCUACUGCAAAGCAAAACAUCCAAGAACAAAAACUGCUUCAAACCCACACACCCAGUUCAUUGUAUGUUUGUAUUCCUGAUUGUCCUGAAAGCCAGCAAAGCAGAUUCUCAGAAACAAAUCUGAAACCCAAAUAUUUAACCAUGAUAAUCCCAAAGCACCCAAUUUCAAAGACACUUGGUAUCAUAGGAUGUGGUAGUUCAAGCAGGAAGAGGAAAUUAGAAUAUGCCUUCAAGAAACCAAAAACCAUGGUUCCAAGUAGUCAACGUGUGGCAGGGAUCACCAUCAGCAAUCUUUGCGUUUCCAUGAUAAGUCCACCUCACAAUGAAGGACCAGUAGAAUUGGAAACAAACCCAAGAAGGGAAAAGAGAGUCUGUCAUUCUGAAUUCCAGAAGAAAUUAUCAGAUGCUAGAGACACGAAGGACAUCUUGACAUGUGUAAAAGAACUAAGUAAGCUAAGUAUGCAUUUAGAUUCUAAAGCAACUGAGAUAAAACUGAGUCAGAUACCAGAGCUCGUGACCAUAUCUUGCCAGAAGUGUAACUCUCAGCCCCAAAGGACUACUUCAGAAGAGUCCAGUUGCAGGCUUUACCUAAAACAUAUAAAAAUAAAUUUUGCAUCUCCAAAAGCUGGCACUAUACACGAUAACUUAGAAAACAAUUACCAAAGAGAUUUUCCUCCUGUUGGCUGUGUAAAGACAAUGUAUGUUUCAAAUAGCAGCGAGGUCACGACAGGAGCAAAGGGCAUCAAAAAGCAAGAAAGUGUAACAUCACCAGAAACUCGGAGUCACAUUCUGCAGAAGUUCUCAGAGAAAGGAAGGGACAACCUCCUUUUGCACUUUGAAACAAAAGCCCUGGAGAUAAAAACAAGCAACCUUCCCAGAAUGGCAGCCCAAUCUUAUGCAAUGGCCAGUGCCCAAGAUAAAUCAAAACCCCUAUUUACGUGUAUCCAUUCUGCCACCAAAGAACAGAAACAAACAAACAGAGUUAUAGUACUUUUUGAUGAAAAAUCUUUUUGCAAAAUCGACCAUGAUCUGCAAUGCAAAUACCUCCGCUCAGUCCCUAGGCCUUCUGUCCCUGUGGUCUCUAAAGCAAAUGUACUUCCCAAACACACGAACAAGUUAGAUGUGGGUUCAGGCUCAGAAUGUAAAGCAGUCCAAGACAGAGAAGAAAGUAGUAGUCUUUUGUUGGACACGGACCUUUUACAACAUGUUCCUUUCCAAAAGAAAAACCCACAAGGAAGUUCAUUCUUCACCAGAAAAUUCCAGGAGCCACCUCAUGCGUUUGCUGUUCCCGCUGGUCUACAAGGCACAGAACAGAAUGAUACGAUGAUUCCUUCAGAGUUAAAAUUACAGAUGACGCCAGAAAAGGAUAAACAAUGUCAUUUAUGCUUUCAAGAGACCAGUUUAUACAAGCAUUAUAAUAUAUCAGGAACUCAGCAAAACACUGCUCAUUUAGCCAGUUCACAUUCAUCUUGGAUUUCUGAUGACUGGACCAAUGAUGGUCGCCUAAAUACUGAGACUUCAACUACUGACCUGGUGGAAUGUCCAUCUUCUGAAGAAAGUGACAGUGAGGAAUGUGUGUUUAUAGGAAACAAUUUUUACUUAAUUAAGGGUUCACAAAAGUUUCUGUUUGAGGUACCCAAAGCAAUUUCAUUGGCGGAUCUUCACAGAGUGGAUGGAGCAACUCUUUUGAAAUCAGUUUACGGUGACAAUCCAAAUGACCAUCAUACUAGAACCCAGAGAAAACACACCUCCCCUGUGGCACAACCUUGCUAUCAGUCUGGAAAUAGUAGGAAACACAGGUUAAACUCCAAGAUGCAGUCUCCUGACGGGCUGUGUCACAGCCCACCCAAUACUGUGGAAAUGGAGUCGACAACAUCUUCUAUAACAUUCCGUGAAGACAAGCACUGGACCAGGACCACAUGGAGCAGAACAAGCUACUCUUUAGCCUCCUCAGCAACUGAGUCGAAUACUAAAUUGAAUCUUGCAAAAAAAUAUGGCAAGUCUUAUGUGUACCCACAAGUCAAAGAAAGAAGGAAGGCUAAAUCUAAUUUGUGGAGAAUGUUCAAUGUCUUUCAGCGUUCAAAUUAUAGUCCCUCACACAGUGGAGAGAAGCACACAAGGAGGAAAAGACUGUAUCAUUAUGAAUCAGAAGAAUCAAACCCACCAACCAAUCGGAUGCCAGAGCCAAGUGCUCAUCAGCAGAAUAUCAAAUUCUAUCCAGAAAGAAGAGAAAACCAGCCUUUUUUUUAUGCCUGUGUACCUGCAGAUUCAGUGGAUGUUAUCCCCCAAACCAUUCGCUGGCUUAUCCCCUCCAAAAUCUUACAGAAAAGCAACUUCCAUAUUCCUCAAGUGGCAAGUAUUUCAAAAUCUUGGAAUCUAUGCAGUUCAUCCAAAAAGCUGUUGGGAUCACUUGCAGGGGCCUUUAAUAUAGUCCGUCAUGGUUGA